AUGACUGACUGGAGCAAGGAGGGGCUAGGCUUCGUCAUCCUCCAGCAACACUGCCGUUGUUCAGCUGUGGACGCACCAUUCUGCUGUAAGACUGGCUGGCGCCUGGCGCUGUGUGGCAGCCGUCACCUAACAGCUGCUGAGGCAGGUUACGCUCCAGUGGAAGGUGAGGCGCUCGCCGUGGCUUGGUGUCUCCGUAAGGCUCGCCUGUUCUUGUUGGGCUGCCCUAACUUGAUGCUGGUGACGGACCACCGCCCCCUGGUCAAGCUUCUGGGUGAUCGAGCUCUCACGGACAUAGUGAACCCGCGGCUGUUCCGCCUGAAGGAGAGGACACUCCAGUACCGCUUCACUGUCCGUUACCUGCCCGGUAAAAGGAACUAUGCAGCCGACUUCCUCUCAAGAUACCCCACACUCAAAGCGUCACCCGAUGGACACGACGAAGAGCAGGUGGAGGAACUGGCAGGAGCGAUGGCUGCAGCCACCAUAGCAGCACUCACCUUUAAUGAGUGUCUCACCCUGGAUGAGGAAGUGGUUCUUCGAGCAUCACAGCAGGACCCGGCAUACCAACUCUUGGUGGCUAAGGUGCUGGCAGGUGACUGGCAUCCCCACAGAGCGCAGGAGAUUGAAUGCUUGCGGCAUUUCUACAGCGUCAGGGACAGAUUGUCGGUGUCACGUGGCUUAGUGACCUACACAUAUGACCAGGGUCAUGUACGUCUGGUUAUCCCUGACGGGCUGCGCCGUCAAGUGGCAGCAAACCUCCAUGCAAGCCACCAGGGCCUGGACUCCAUGCUUAGGAGAGCCAGGCAGACGCAGACAGUAGUGGACGUCUUUCAGCUAGAUGGGUGCUCAUACUUAGCUUAUGCUGACAGGCUAACUGGCUGGCUGGAGGUGGCGCAGCUGCCCAGUGGUGCAACCUCGAGCAAGAUUAUGAACCAGCUGAGGCUCUACUUUGCGAGGUGGGGCGCACCAGAACAAGUGUCGACGGAUGGCGGAACCAAUUUGGUGAGUGAAGAGAUGACGGGAUUCUUCAAGAGAUGGGGCGUCACUGUGCGUCUCUCUUCCGCUCACUACCCUCAGAGCAACGGGCGUGCAGAAGCUGCAGUAAAAUCUGCGAAGAGAAUGCUGCGGGGCAACAUAGGAACGAACGGGAGCCUCAACAGUGACAAGGUUUCUCUCGCCCUGCUGCAGUACCUGAACACGCCCCUCCGUGAUAUUGAUAAGUCUCCGGCUCAGCUGGCAACGGGUCGUCAGCUACGGGAUGGUGUCCCCGCUAUCUCGCUAAACUACAGGAUUGAUGAACAUUGGGGACGGACACUCCGUGAACGAGAGCGGCAGAUGGCCAGACAACACAGCAAGAUGAAGGAUCACGCAAAUGGGUGCAGCCGCUCCAACAUCGCCCCUGGAAGCAGGGUCUUGGUGCAGAAUCAGGCUAACAAGACCUGGGACAGGGCAGGUAUUGUUGUGGAGGCAAGAGGCAACAGGCAGUACCUAGUGAAGCUCGACGGAAGUGGCAGGCUGUCUCUCCGCACACGCCUGCACCUGAAACCGCUCGCCCAGCCCAACCCAGCACCACCUCCAAAGCCACAGGAGCCACCACCAGAGCCAUCGCCUAACCGCCCCCGCCGCCGGGUAGCCAGGCCUGGAUGGCUAGAUGACUAUGUGGAGUGA